UCUGGCAUUUGACCAUUUAUAUUUAGCAUUUUUACAACCAGAAUAAAGUUACGAAAAGUUACAAACUCUGCUUUAAAGAAGCUGUAUUUAAUAACAACAACACAAAAAUACAUCCUGGCAAAAUCCUGUUUUAUUCCAUUAAUGAAUCAAAAUUUGAAAGGUCUCAAAGGUAUUAUUGUCUGACUACACCACGAAUACCAAAGUGCUGCCGUGCCAUCUGUAAAUGAAACCAAAUCCCUCCAAAGUUUGCGUUUCUAUCCGUCACAAACAGUCACUGUUGUGAUUCUCCAAGUCUUUGAUAAAAGGUUUGAGUCGGCUGACCUCUGCUCCGACUAAUCCUCCGUCUUGGCAGAUUUAGCUCAGGAUUUAUCCGUCAGGAUGUCAUGUGUGGCUCCGCUCCGCUCUGAGGUGAAUUAUUGACUGAAAUGGCCAGAAAGACAACGCGAGGGCAGAGAGCACUUCCUACUAUGUCCAGCCAAGACACAGCAGAUUUUCCAGCCCCAAAACGGAAAAAGAAGAAGCCAAGAAAGGACACAAAUGGAACAGGGGAUAUGGAGGAUCAAGAAAUGGAAAUGGGUGGACUCAGCAGCCGGAGGGAGUCCGAGGUCGGAGAUCACCUGACUCUGGAAGCUACAGCAGAUGCUCCAACACAGAGGAGAAGGAAGAAGAAGAAAGCCAUGUCUACAGAUGUGGAAGAAAACCAGGCCGAGCUGGUCAACGGAGAUACGGGGGAUCAGACCACUGAUGGGGAAGAGGUGGUUAAGAAACAUAAGAAGAAAAAAAAAUCAAAGGUUGCCGAGUCGCAGCUUCCUGAUGAGUUUUGUGUGGAAGAGGACGACAUCAUCAACGACACCUCUUCGCCGAUCCCCCAGCAGUCUCUGUUCGCAGCCCCCCAGGGUCAGAGCCAGCCUGUGGGGAAGCUGUUUGUUGAGAGAAACAAGCGGUUCCAGGCUGCAGAGCGGUCAGACUGGAAGACGACCAGCGAGCAGAUGGACAACCUGACCGAGCUGCAGCACAUGCAGGCGCUUUGGACCUCUAGAGAUGUUUCUGUCCGGGUGCACGAAGGCUUCAGGGUGUUCGGCCUGUACUGCCACGGCUUCCUGGCCGGAUACGCCGUGUGGAACGUGGUGGUGGUGUACAUGCUGGCCGGGCAGCACCUCACCGCUCUGCCCAACCUGCUGCAGCAGUACCACGGCCUGGCCUACCCCUCCCAGUCUCUGCUCUACAUGCUGCUGGCCAUCAGCACUGUGGCCUCCUUCGACAGGGUGAAUCUGGCCAAAGGUCCUGUGGCUCUGCGGGAGUUCAUCACUCUGGAUCCAGUGGCUCUGGCUUCAUUCUUGUACUUCUCAGCGUUGGUCCUCUCUCUGAGCCAGCAGAUGACCAGCGAUCGGAUCAACCUCUACGUAUCCUUCAACAGCACAUUGUGGCCUCCGGGGGCGGAGCACCAGAUCCUCCACCCGUGGGUGACCGUCAACCUGGUGGUGGCUCUGCUGGUGGGCUUGGCGUGGAUCUUCAUCGCCACUAGACCUGAGACGGACUACACCGAAGGUUAUCUGAGGUCGAUGGAGAUUGAGCUUCCAAAGCCAGAGGACAAAUCAGAAAUUACUACCUGAAAAAAAUGGAGCUAUUGUAAAUCUCUCCUCUCUGCAGCUUUGUUGAUGUCUGUGAUUAUAUUAGAGAUUAUUUUUUGUACUUUUCAAAUGUGCUCGUCUCUUAAAAUAUAGAGUUUAAAAUAA